AUGUCGUGUCGGAAGCGCCCAGCGUCUGCGCUUUCGGCGCUUCCGCGCAUUGAUGACGUCCGCAAUCAUGUUGAUGUUGUCAGGGGCAUCAUGAAUGACUUCCCUGAUUGGAGCUAUAGGCGGGUCGGCGCUCGGCUCUGCGAGGUCCUGGAGGUGAGCUUGGAGGAGUCCGACUAUCAGGCUGUCCAGCGGCUGCAGAAGGCUGAGCCUAAUGCAUCUGACGCCGAUCGCCACGGUUGGUCACAUUUCUUUGGGAACGUGCGUGAUCACGUGGACUCUAUCCAGGAGCUCGUUGUCUCUCAUCCGGAGUUGCAGUACAAGGCUAUCGGGCGCAAGCUGGAACAGAGGCUCGGCGUGAAGCUAUCCUGCGCGCACCUGCAGGCUGUACGACGCAUCAUGGCCGAGCUGUCGAAUGAUGUGGUCGCGCUGGAGUGGGAAGAGUUCUCCGGCGACAUGCGGGAUCACGUCGACUCUAUUAGAGCACUCGUUGUGGCUCAUCCUGGCAUGGGCUACAAGGGCACUGCGAAGGAGCUCGAGCAGCAUAUCCGGUUGAAGCUGUCCCCUGCCCACCUGAGUGUCGUGAGGCGCAUCGUGGAGGGCAUCUCGCAGGGCCGUGCUGUGCUGGGCGCGCAGCGGGAGCCGGAGAACUGUGAGGCUGUCCCUCUGGAUGUGCGCGACCACGCUGCCACCAUCAUGGAGCUGAUGACGCGUCACCCGGCCAUGGACUAUCAUGGCAUCGCCCACGAGCUUCAGAAGGUGCUCGGGGUGGAGCUAUGUGAGAGCCAGAAGCAAUGCAUCCCUGCUGUCAUGGCCGAGAUCAGCAUCGACCUCGUGGCCGAAGAUGUGGCUAUGCCAGAGCAGACGGACGUCGACGAUAUCUUUUCUGGCGACGUGCGUGAGCACGAGGAAGUUAUCAAGGAGCUCGUGGCCUCUCAUCCGGAAUUGAGAUGCACGUCUAUCGGGCGCAAGCUGGAGCAGAGGCUCGCCGUGAAGCUAUCCUGCGCGCACCUGCAGGUUGUACGACGCAUCAUGAUGGAGCUCGCGGAGGGUCGCGCGGCGGAGGCUCCGCGCCAGGAGUGGGACGACUUCUCUGGCGACAUGCGGGCGCACGUCGACUCUAUCAGAGCACUUGUUGUGGCUCACCCUGGCAUGGGCUACAAGGGCAUUGCGAAGGAGUUCGAGCGGCACAUCCGAUUCAAGCUAUCCCAUGCCCACCUGAGUGUCGUGAGGCGCAUCGUGGGGGGAAUCUCGCAGGGCCGUGCUGUGCCGGGCGCGCAGCGGGAGCCAGAAGACUGCGCGGCAGGUGUGGACAUGCGCGACCACAUUGCGACCAUCGAGGAGCUCAUGAUGCAAGACCCCAGCAUGGACUAUCAGGGCGUCGCCCAUCAGCUUGAGGAGAAGCUGCAGGUGGAGCUAUCCGAUGCUCAGAAGCAAGCAAUCCGCGGUGUGAUGGCCCAGAUCGGUAUCCAGCUCGUGGCUGCUGAUAUGGCAAUGCCAGAGCAGACUGAUCUCGAGAUCUUCUCCGGGGACGUGCGGGAGCACGUGGAUGCUAUCCAGGAGCUCGUCACUUCUCAUCCGGGGUUGGGGUACAGGGCCAUCGGGCGCAAGCUGGCGGAGCAGCUCGGCGUCAAGCUAUGCUGGGCCCACGUCCUGGUGGUCGAGCGCGUCAUGCGCGAGCUCUCCGAGGGCCGCGCCGCCGUGGGCGUGUCUAUGCGACAGCAGCCCGAGCGCCAGAACUUUCUGCACUUCGUCGGGAACCUGCGGCAGCACGUGGAUGACAUAAAGGAGCUCAUGGCGCUGCAUCCCAAAGCAGGCCGGCAUCACAUCUCCCGCCAGCUGGAGAUUCGGCUCGGGCAGGUGCUAUCUGCCCGCCACGAGUCGGUCAUCCGUCGCAUCAUGAUUCAGCACGGUUCUCUGUCCUAUGAGCUCCUGUGCAGCGAUCAGGAGGCCCCCGUUGUGCAGCGACUACUCCAGGAUCUCGCAGAACCUGCGGCGCGGCGCAAGGCUGUGCAAGAUCACUAUGAACGUGGUGUUUCCUGGGCGGUGCUCCGACGCUGGACGUCUGAGCACUAUGCGCCCGAUGCUGGCGAGCGCCCUGUUCGGCGUGUCUGGAAGGACAAGUACGUGGACUGCGCUGCUACCUGCUGGGCUCGGCGCGUGCGUGCGAAGACAGACGAGGACAAGGCUCUGCAGGCUGUGAUCAAGUCCGUCCACCGCGAGGCGGUGCCGCUCUGGAUGCUGGGGGAGGCGCGCCACAGGGCAGCCACUAUCCGUCGUUGGGAUGCGGUGCGUCGACGGGAGUUCUCGGCGGUGUGCCAUGGCGCAUUGCCGUGUCGUACUGCGCUUCCCUCUGGGCGACGUGGCGCUGCGCUGCUUCAGGGCUAUCGCUUCUUCAUCGCCUACGAGAACUGGAUCUCCUGCCAGCAGUGCGGCUAUCGGUGGCAGGUUCACAAAGGACAGCUUUCUGGGGAGAGGUUGGUCUAUGGUGACACGCUGCGCUCAGACCGUGUCAGUCGUCUCCCUCGAGUCCUCGCCUGUGGCGACCGGGGCAAGGACACCAGAUGCCCUCUCCCGUUGGAGGCGCUCCUGUGGCCUCUGCCCGCGGAGAUCGAGGUGGGCGUCGAGACCGAGCAGCUCUAUCUGGUGCCGCAGGAGAACCAUUGGCCAGUCUAUCUGCCUGGUCUUCAGCGGUUCGUGACUGCCUAUGACCUCGGUCCGCGCCUCGCGGCCAUGCGCCAGGCGAUGCGCGAAGGUCCCGUGGGCCCCAUGGAUGUGGACGAGCUGGAGACCUUGGUGCAGGAGUAUGCCAUCUAUGGAGAUUUCGUGAGGGAACACGGCGCACAGGGCAUCGUAAGCCUCUUGGACAUCACGAAGGAGGAGGCCGCCACCAUCACGCCGUUCCUGCUCUUCGUCACGAAGCAGAAGGAGCGGGGCUCUGUCACCAGGGGACCUACCUAUAACUGGAAGAAGACUCAGGUGUGCCGGGUCAACUACAAGCGUGAGGAUUUGGACACGUGUGGUGCUAUGACUCCCCGGGCGCGUGCUGCGUAUAACUGGCUCAUGUUGCACAACCGCACAUAUAGGCGCUACGUCAUGCAGCACAAGCGGGAGCUGGCCGCUCCUGCGGAGUACCGGGAGAUGUUCAUCGCCACCUAUCGGCUGCUCAUCCAGAGUCGGGGCAUUGAGGCGGCGCUCUACCCUGUGCCUUAUCCCUGGGAGGUGUACGGCGACAGCGACGUGAGCAGCUGGGCCAAGGACCGCCAGCUCGUGAAGAAGUCCCAGCUCCCGACUAUCAAGCAUAGCUUCCUACGGAAAGUCCAUUCCCGCUGCCGGACCUAUGGCGACGCGGAGGCCGUGCCAGACCUUGCCUUCCUGCUCUAUGACAUGGUAACCGCGCAGCGCAUCUCCGCCAGCAUUGCUAUCGCGGAGCGCCAGGGCAUCACGCCGGACGUCGUGGCGGACAACAGCUCUACGUCCGAGAGCUAUUGGCGUCACGAGCAGCUUCGGGGGCAGCGGAGGGCUUUCCCCAACCUGUUCAUCACUAUCGCUCCGGCGGAAUGGAAGGUCCUCCUGCACGAGCCGCUAUUCGCCGACUGGAAGGCCGCGGACCGCAUGUCGGCGUGUCAGGGGAUGCUGUCCGAGCACAUCUAUGACCAGCUUUACGAUGGGAUGAAGCAGAUUCUCCGCCCGAACGAGUUCUUCGAAGAGGUGUUCGACUAUGUCAUUCGCCUGGAGUUCCAGGGCCGCAAGACCGAGCACAUCCAUAUUGCAGCCUGGGCGCGCCCGAAAGGGAAUCUAUCUGGCCGUAGCGGCCAGGCGGAUCGGUCUGCCUUCGUGAUGUUCUUGGAGGAAGUGUUCCGCGGCUCUGUGGACGUCCAGGAGGGCCAUGGGUUUCUGAAACACAUCAACGGCUACGUCGUCAAGGGCAACCAGUCUAUGGAUUAUCAGCCUGACGCCGCGCGAAGCGCCGGAGACGAACACUCGGCGUGGCGAACGACCUAUCGUAUGCUGUGCAAGCUGGCGCCGGGACUGCCGGAGGUCUUCCUGGAUUUUGCAGGCGCCAAGCACAUGUAUCGUACGUUCGGCGUCGUCAACGCGUACGCUAUCAUACCAGGGCAGUUGGACAAGGGCAACAAUGACACCAAGCGGCUAUAUAAAAAGUAUCUCCUGCGGGAACCCGUCGGUGAUGGACCGAAGCCGUGUGGCAGCUUUCUGAGCUAUCUCCGCACCUACAAACUAUCGGAGGACCACGAGAAGGUCAUCGAGCGCAGAGGGCGCGGGGGCGACUCCCGCGUGGCGGUGGGCGCCCGCUUUGCAUUCGAGAUGCAGGAUCCCCAGUUGAUCCCUUUCACGGCUCACUAUCUGAAGGCGGUGAAGUAUCUUCAGCACCUCGUGUGCAUGACGGGCACGCGUCCUUCUUGCGAAGAGUGUAUUCGCCAGCGGGUGAAAGAGAUGAUGCCACAGGAGGAGGGAGAGGCAGAAGAACACUAUCGCCUCCGCGUUCUGGCGAAGAUGAAGAGCACCCGCUGGGUUGGCUUCGCCAGAAAUGCCACGUCUAUCGUCGAGCUGCUCGAUGCGCCCGUCGAGACUAUCGCGGACCGUCUCCAUGAGCACAGCUGGGAGCCCUACGACGGUUGGCCUUGGCCCCCUCCCUCACGGUCCGACGACUCCGAGGACAUGCCUAUGCGCCCUGGAGAUCAACUGUUCCAUCCUCUGAGAUGUGCUGAUGAUACCGAGGGCGCCUAUGGUAAGCCCUUCCACGGCGUUGACGCGGCGCUCGCUUAUUUCGAGGACGUGGUGGCGGCGGACCUGCGCAUCCGCGUCUCUCCUGGGCGUGCAAGGUCGUUCCGAGCGCGGCUCCAUGCCGUGCACUGCUACUAUAGCCACAUGCAGCGCUGCCGCGACCACCCCGAGGCCAUCCCGCUUGAUGUCCGCCGAAAAGCAGACCGCCUGAUGGAGGCUGAUUCGUCUAUUGACGCACAGUUCGCAUACUACAACGAGUACAAGCGGCAGUGGAACAAAUGUGACGCGCAUGCGCGCCCUCGCCUCACGUGGUCUGCCGACCAGGAGGAGGUGCUGAAG